CGGCAUAUCGUGUGUGCCAUGGGAGAGCCGGCGGCCCCCCAAUGCUGCAUCCAUCAUGUUAGUGACGCCUGAAUCCGCGGUAAGCCCCGAUUUCCAGAUGUUUUUGAACCGGCUGCGGUGGACCCGGCGGUUAGACCAGAUCGUGAUCAAUGAAUGCCAUGUGGUGUUGAAUUCCCAACACAAUUUCUGGCCCCAGAUGGCUCAGCUGGGCCGGUUAGUCCAGGCCCACACCUAGAUGGUAUGGUUAACCGCCACGUUGCCCCCGAGCAUGGAGGCUGAAUUAUGCUGGUGGAUGAAGUAUGACCGGGCCGCCGUGACCAUAUACUGGGCCCGGACCAGCCGGCCGAACAUGGCAUACCAGGUGUGGCGGCCAGACAUGACUGGGGUGGGCCAGGGCCCAUAUCAAUGGAUUAAGAGUGAGGCGGUGGUGAUUAUAUAUGUAAAUAUCAUUGGGCAGGUGACGGCCAUGGCGCGGGUGCUUAGGUAUAAGGCAUAUUACAGCAAGCAGUUGGACAAGGCCAGGGUGCUGGCGCGGUUCAUAGGGGCCAGCCCUGUGAUUGCCGCCACCAGCGCAUUGGGCAUGGGGGACCCCCGGACGUUACUGGAUUACGCGCAGGAGAGUGGCCGGGCUAGGCGAGAUGGACAGCGCAGUGAGGCAAUCAUUAUCCAGCCAGCUAGGUGGGAAGCCCCAGCUCCAUGGAUGAAGGGCGUCGCCCCUGAGGACCAGGAGCGGGUUGCUGAGUAUAUAGGGGUGGUCGAAGGCAUUAGGUGCCGCCGGGUCGUAUUAGAUCAGUAUUUAGAUGGAGUGGUGAACGGGUAUCAGCAGCAGUAUUACCAGGAUUCAGAUCCCAGGGAGCAGAUAUAUGAUGGGUGUGAUCCCAAUUAG